CUGUGCUGUGCGGCUGUCCAGCUGCCUCCAGCUGCAGAGUUUCCUGCCAGUUCAUUGCACUCUGACCGCCUCACUAAGCACACGCAGCUAUGUCGUCCUGCAGUCGAGUGGCCCUGGUAACUGGAGGGAACAAAGGCAUCGGCUUCCAGAUCACUCGUGACCUGUGUCGCAAAUUCUCCGGGGAUGUGGUGCUCACGGCUAGGGAUGAGGGACGGGGCCGCACGGCGGUUCAGCAGCUGCAGGCAGAGGGCCUGAGCCCACGCUUCCACCAGCUGGACAUCGAUGACCCUCAGAGCAUUCGCGCGCUGCGCGACUUUCUGAUCAAGGAAUACGGAGGACUGGACGUGCUGGUCAACAACGCGGGCAUCGCCUUCAAGGUUGCUGACACCACACCCUUCCAUACUCAAGCAGAGGUGACAAUGAAAACCAAC